GAAAUACUACGCCGUUGACUGGAUCUCAUUUCUAUUAUUACUAUUAUUAUUUUCUGUUCAAGUCCCUAGUCCAGAAAUAUCAGGUUGUACGCUCCCGCUUCUCAUUUUCGCCUGGCUCUCUUUCAGUAAUCGGUGCCAAAUUCUCUGCGCUGAUUAAGACUUGUUUGAAAAAUGGGGAAAAGGAAAUCAAGGGCAAAGCCUCCACCUAAGAAGCGAAUGGACAAGCUGGACACUGUUUUCAGUUGUCCUUUCUGCAAUCAUGGAACAAGUGUUGAAUGUCGCAUUGAUAUGAAGAACUUGAUUGGUGAGGCAAUAUGUGGGAUUUGCCAAGAGAGCUUCAGCACUACCAUCACAGCUUUAACUGAACCCAUAGACAUAUAUAGUGAAUGGAUUGAUGAAUGUGAAAGGGUGAACAGCCUUGAAGACGAUGGUGCUUACAGAGCUGAUUAGGCGGUUGUACUCGUAUGUCUUCCUCUGCUGCGUAGUGGGAGAGAAAGCUUUAUGAAGUCAUUUCAGAUAGAAUGACAAAUACCUUAUUUUAGUUCUGAAGUCAGAACGUAUGCUUUGUAUGUAUAGUAACUGCUGGUCCAUGCCAUAUCCUAAUUGUUGUAACAUAUGUUCGGUUUUAAGGAAUGAUGAACUUGUUGAAAACUGUAUCUACCAAUAAAACUCCAUUAAGUGA